AUGCUGCUUACCAACGAUGAAAUUGCAGCUCUAACUAAGGACAUAGCAGCUACGAAUAUCCCAACUAUUCCAGAGCUCCCCACCCCCCCUGCUCGCACACCAUCACCUCAGCCAAGUCCCACCGAAGCAGUGGACAUAGCAGCUACGUAUAUCCCAACUAUUCCAGAGCUCCCCACCCCAUCUGCUUGCACACCAUCACCUCAGCCGAGUCCCACCGAAGCAGAGGUGCCGGACACCAUUGUAGAGAUCCCAGAAUCAAUCCGUGAGGCAAACACGUCCUCUUGGGCAGCGCGGAACCCAACACGAGCGAUUAUCCGCCCCCGGACACCGCCACCUCGACUAACGGAUGCCCAGAAGGCGUCUCGCAAGAUCAAGCGGGACCAGAGGCUCGAGCGAACGAAGAACUUACACGACGCGGUCGCUGAAUACUUAAAUGCACAGAAAACAAAAAUCGAAGCACUCUCGCGGGCUCACCACGUUACUCCCAAGCACAUCAAUGAUAUCAUUGGCAGUCAGACGCAUUAUCGAACCUCGCGCAAAAAUCGACCCGCAGGCUCUCGGUACUCGUUGGCCGAACUUCGUGAGAUGGUUGCGGCUGACCCUGAAACAAAAGGCCUUACCAGGCAAGAAAAGGAAGGUUACAUUGCAGCUCUCGAGGAGCAUCGUCAAAAAAAGGUUGUUAGUGUUCGGGCGAACAAUCUGGCGGCUGCGCGAGACGUUGUAGCCACAACAGAUAGGAUCGUGAAGGAGCUGGAUGAUCUGCGAGUUCGGACUGGUGUCUACGGCACACUAUUUGUCGUCCGCGGUCACAUCAACGACACCAUUCAAAGUGCGAUGCACGGCACAGAUAAUUCCGAAGAUUUUUGGGAGGAUGUGUACGAGCAUCCCAUGGCUGACUUUCUUAGGCAAUACGAACAGUGGGCGUGCACCCAGAAUCAAAACCUCAAUGAACGUGACUCUUUGGAAGCUGUGAGAAAGCAGGUACGCAGACUGAUCCUCCGGGGCCUAGUUGCCGUGACUGGCAAAAAAGAUAUUGUAAUGAAUUACAAUAACUACGAAACAUCUGUCAUCGAAACAUAUGGAGUGCGCCUUGUGGGCUGGCCCCAUGGUGUCAAGUUCACCAGCCCUUCGAACAUCGGGACCGUCGGCGACAUUUGCAAGCUCCGUGAUGCUCUCAAGGCACGUAUGUGCUACUGGACCGUUUUAUCACCGGCGGAGGUCAAAGCUCAUGCGUCUGAACUCGAUACACGACGUUCAGCUGGGGAAGUUGUUCGGAAACCACGAAAAAAGCGUUCGGAUGCUGGAGUACCUCGGAAGCGUAAGGACGGGUCUAGCGCAGGACGGGCAAAUAAGGAGAAUCAUAGACCAUUGAAGAGAGCAAAGAAGAACCCUGCCCAGCUCCAGGAAGGUCCUAAAAGCGCUGAAUUUGUGGAAUCUUCUGACGAAGAGGAGGGGGAUGAAUAGUAGUCUUACAUUGCCUUAGUCUACUUUGAUGGACCCAUAAGACUCGUAUACGUAAUGCAAUUAUUACUGGUGUGCUGUUCGUCGAAACACGCCGUCAAUCCGACCACUUUUGAGUGAGAUACUCGAGCUCAACGUGUCACACAACGAGCUCGAACGUUCCCGUCACUAUGCGAUGUUGGGCACGCUAUAUAAAGUCCCUAGCUAUCCAGGAGAUAUUGGAGGAGGCUUUGAUUCACUAUAUCCGCCUGAUCUUACAGGUGCGACACAC